AAAAGGAUAACAAGGGAGUACAUAUUCAUAUAAACACACAUAUGCUCACAAACAAAAAUGAGCUUCAACAUCCCAAAGGCUUUGCCUUCUCUUCCUCAAUGCAAAUUCCACCCUCUCUCUACUCCAUUCAAUUCAAAACAAUCCCAUGUCUACAAGCCACACAAGUCCUUUAAACUCGUAAUUGUCAAUCAAAAGAAGAGGGACCAUGUUUUUGCUUUGAGCAAACCCAAUCUGAUAAUACAAGUCGGAGCACUUUUGACUACUGUUGUUAGUGAACCGGCUUUUGCGGUGACUGGAGUAAACAAUGAAGAGGAUAUUGUGUGGGUGUUGAUUCAAUUAGCCAUAUUUGCCUUCUUCUAUCUUCUAGUGUCACCACCAUUCAUUAUGAACUGGCUGAGGAUAAGAUGGUACAAAAGAAAUCUUUUGGAGAUGUAUGUGCAGUUUAUGAUUGUAUUCAUGUUCUUCCCAGGUAUAUUGCUGUGGGCUCCAUUUUUGAACUUCAGGAAGUUCCCAAGAGAUCCAGACAUGAAGUACCCUUGGUCUGUCCCUGAAGAUCCUUCCAAAAUUCGCAACUCUUACCGAAAGUUCCCUUGGGCUACUCUUGAUGAUUAUGAAGUUUAAAAGAAUACAAACUUCUUCUGUCCUUCCUUCUUAUGUAUCAUAACGACAUAUAAAUUUACUAUUUUUUUCUGUAAAAAUGUCACACAACCAUGACCUAUUGAGCUACUUAAAAGGACUUGAUGGUGAAUGUCAAAGAAACAAUGAUGGGAGUAAAGGGUUAUGAUCCUA